UUUAUUAUAUAUAUCUGAAACUGAUAGAAGCAUAGCUUUACUCUAUACAUAUUGUGUAAGCAGUACAUAUAAAUUUAUUGUUUAAAUUAGGAAAGUCAUAAUGUUUGCGUAUGUUUCUGUUUGAGCUAAACAGAAAUGUUUUCGUCCACAUGAUCUAUCAAAACAAACUGAAUAGUCCUUCAAUAAGGAGUUACAUGCCAUAGGUGAAAUAUUUCCACACACUUUUGCCUUAAAUAAAAUAAUUUAAAGUUUCUUUCAUUUUGUGUGAAAGUGAAAAUGGAUCCAUACAUCGACGAUUACACAUUCGAAAGCAUACUCGGCAAAGGAACCUUUGGGUAUAUAAUAUUGAAUUCUUGUAUAAUGCGGGAGAUAUAUACGUGCUAUAUAUGUUUUAGAACGGUAUACCUGGUGAGAAGAAAGAAAGAUUUAAAGCUGUUUGUUAUAAAAGCACAGGAUUUAGAUGCGAUCAAAUAUUCGCCUUCCAAGAGAGCAUUAGCAGAGAUACGAUGCCUGAAAAGAUUGAGACAUCCAAAUAUAGUAUUUUAUUAUGGAGCAUGGAAGAAAAAUAAUCAAAGUUUUAUUCUUAUGGAAUAUGCAACUCGAUGUACUCUCAAGGAUUUGCUGGAAAAACGAGAAAAGCCACUUAAAGAAGAGGAUGCACUAUACUUGUUUUCACAAGUUACUUUGGGAGUACAUCAUAUCCACUCGAACAAAAUUCUUCAUCGAGACUUAAAACCAGAAAAUAUCAUGUUGACUGGAAGUCGUGGAGAUAUCGUUAAAAUCGGUGAUUUUGGUCUCGCAAAAAGUAUCCAAGAAGAUCCAAUAACUUGUCACGCAGGAUCUUACUAUUAUAUGGCUCCAGAAAUGUUCACUGUACAAUCAUACGAACUUAAGUGUGAUAUAUGGAGCAUGGGCGUUAUACUAUACGAAAUGAUUACGAAGAGACUUCCAUUCCCAGCUACGAAUCUAGAGGAAAUUACGAAAUUAGUGUUCAACAGCCCACCGCGGCCUUUACCACAACAGACAUCGGCAUCCAUUGUUAAUCUGAUAUCGAAAAUGUUGAGGAAACAAAGUUCGUCCCGACCCCGUACUGAUCAGCUCGUAGUUUGCCAUUUUCUUGCUCCUUAUGUCGUUCGAGUAUACUUAAAUCUCGGACGUAGUAUUAAUCUCGCUAAAAGAGAACGCGAAAGCUUUGGAUCGCACAUUUUCUUAAAAUUUCUGAAUUCAUCGCGAUCGACAUUUUGAUAUAUGAAUUCUUGAGGAAAAAUUUAUUCCAUCUGAAAUUACACAUUAAAUGACUAAAUAUUGAUUGAGCUUUUGAACUCCACCUGAAAUUACACGUUAAAUGACUAAUAUUAAAUUUUAAAAGUGCUUCUUAUCGUGCGUCAAUUAUAUUUUAUAUAGGCCAAAAAUU